GGCAGCAGCUGUUGUGUCGGAUCAGUGCGAGAGCCCCGAGUCAGGAGCGCCGGAUCAUUAUAAACACGCUCUCUUCAUCUAUUUGGCGGGUAAUUCAGGAAAGAAGCGAUGGCCCGUAAAUAUAGCAGGAAAGAGUAUCUGUCAGUCAAGGACCUGGAGAAAGUUUUGGACUCGUGUAAGUUAAACUUACACCAAAUCGAUGAGGUCUGGCCAAACCUGUACAUCGGGAACGUAGGAAUAGCACAGAACCGAAGUGCCCUGCAGAACCUCGGCAUCACUCACAUUCUGAACGCCGCUCACUCCAAGAGAGGAAGCAUCGGGGACCAAAGCUACUACGGCACUAGUUUUGUGUACUGCGGGAUCCCCGCUGACGACUCCACACACUUCGAUUUGGAUGUUUACUUCAAACCGGCAGCAGAUUUCAUUCAUAAAGCUCUCAACUCUCCUGGUGGAAAAGUUUUGGUGCACUGCAUCAUGGGAAUGAGCCGCUCCUCGUCACUGGUACUGGCCUACCUGAUGAUCUAUCACGACAUGCCUCUGCACACGGCCAUACGGCGCGUCAUCCAGAAACGAGCCAUCUAUCCCAACAGGAACUUCCUGGCUCUGCUGCUGGACCUGGACUUGCAGAGGAAAAAGAAACACAGACGAUGUGUUCUGCUGUGAGCAAACAACUACAGGACUGAUCACAUGAUGAACAAUCGUAACAAAGCAUCCUAACCAGUGCUUUGUCUCUCCACAAUGAAAGCAAAAUAUGUUCUGCUUACAGUAAUGUGGAGCUGGAAUUUGGACCAAUGAGAUUUGAUUGUGGGCGGAGCUACAUUAUGCAAGUUUUUAUUUUUUUCUUAAAGGAAUAGUUCACCCACAAAUGAACCACUAUUCAGGCCAUCCAAGAUGUAGAUGAGUUUAUUUCUUCAGAUUUGGAGAAACAGCAUUUCAUCACUUGCUCACCAUGUGAAUGGGUGCCGUCAGAAUGAGAGUCCAAACAGCUGAUAAAAACAUCACAAUAAUUUACAAGUAACCACUCCAGUCCAUCAGUUAACAUCUUGAGAAGACAAAAGCUGCUUGUCUGUAAGAAUCAAGUCCAUCAUUAAGACGUUUUUAGACUUCUGGCUAAAAUAAAUUUAAAAAAAAAUUAAAUAUAGCAGCAAGCAGCGAUUACGUGCUUUAAGGCAUUUAAGCACAUAUGAAAAAAGACGUUAUUUAGCAACUGUGUAAACACCUCAAUCAAUGAUUUAAAAAACAUUUUUGGCAAAUCGAGGUAAUUUACCAUAAAAAUAUUAAUAUAUUUGACUGUUAUAGCACCAGCUGUGGUUCAGUCUCCUUAAAACUUUGCAUGCUUGUUUAGAAUCACCCGUCACAUGUGCAUUUUUUGGAUAAUUGUUGACCUAGAGAGUCCAGAGAAUUGUACAGCAGUGUUUUUUUUUUUU